GAGAGAGUGCUAGAGAGAAGAAAGACACGCAUAGAAAUGGUGAGAGAAGAAGCAUUGGUAGUUUGCAGUGAUAAGAGUUUGGGUGCAGGGAUUACAAUAUGGGACAUGGAAAGUGGGGAUCAUCUUCUUCACAUACCAACUUGUGCUUCGCCUAGUCAUGGAUUUCUCUGCUUGAGGAAUCAAUUUCUUGUUGCUUCUCAAAUUCACAAACAUGGAUCUUUUGGCGGUGGAGCCAUCUUUAUCUGGCCCUUAAAUAAGCCACAAGCACCGGUCCGAAGCUAUCCAAUAGAAGCAGUUGGACCACUUUCGUGCACAGAAGAUGGUUUGUAUCUUGCUGGUGGAGCACCUUCUGGAAAUGCUUAUGUCUGGGAGGUUUUAAGUGGAAGAAUGUUGAAGAGUUGGCGUGCUCAUCACAAAUCAGUGAAUUGCAUUGCAUUCACAGCUGACGGUUCUAUCCUGAUUUCUGGUUCAGAUGAUGGUUCUAUAUGCAUAUGGUCUAUGAUCAGUUUGCUAGACGUGGCAGAUUGUGGAAACAUGCCUUCGUCCUUUCAUUCUUGGUCAGAGCACACGUCCUCUAUAACUGGUCUCGUAUCAGUUUCUGAAAGUUCAAAUUAUGUACUGAUUUCAAGCUCCAUGGACGGCACCUGCAAGGUUUGGGAUAUUGUUUCUGGGAGGCUUCUGCAAACUCAAGACUUUUCACAAGCCAUAACUGCCAUCAGUCUUGACCCUGAAGGGCAGCUUUUGUUUUCAGGAAGUGUAGACGGAAGGAUUUUUGUCAACAGAGUCGAUAUAGGACUGGAGGAGAACUCAAACACUAUAUCAGACGAUCAGCUGAUUGUACUCAAUGGGCACAUUGGAUCCAUAACUGCAUUAUCGCUCGGUAUGAGUGGAUUGUGGCUCAUCUCUGCAUCUGAGGACUGUACAGCUUGCCUUUGGAAUGUCAGAAAUUGGGCAGUUGCUCGAAGAUUCACCCAUGCUAAAGGGCAAAUAACUAACUUACUAGUAAUCCCGCGGUCAUCGCUGCCUUUUGUGGAGAACAAUCAGAGAGUAUCAUACCAGCCUCGUGUUUCAUUGCUUGACAAAUACCAACAGCCAUCAAACACAUCAAGAGGAACAGUCGCUAUUCUACCUUCGUAUUGUUCACUAGAAGAUAAUCUUUCCACUGCUGGUUUUUCUACCAGCAGCUCCAUGAAUAACCAAAUCCUUGAAUUAGAGCAAAGAAGCACUCCUGCAGCAAUACAGAUGAAGGUGGAAACCAAUGUCGAGAACCGACUUUGGGCCACAAGCAUGACGAGGCACAUGACGGACAUGAGCAAGCAUUUGCGAUCGAGAUUGCUAGAUUUGAUGCAAUGCAGAUUGGUAUCGACUCCGAAAAUUGAUUGUCCUGGUAGUGGAAAGGGAAAGAAGCUUAAGGUUGGUACCAGUCCACCAUUGAGAGUAGAAGAAACAGAAUCUCCUGCUUAACGUUUCAAAUUUGUUAGUAACAUUUCAUUCUGCUCAAGUUUCUUUCACCCUCAGAUAUAAAGAAGACUGGAUCCCCCAUGCUGUUUUGAAAAAAAAUUCAUGACGAAAACGCGGUCUUACCUUUUACUAUGUCAGUGGUUAACAUGGGUUUCACACGAUCGUGUACAGUGUGUGUGUGCCAUAGUUUUGAAUUCUCAUAAGCGAUUGCAAGUAGGAAAUAUUGUUCAGUUCUUACUAAUAAGUAAUAAUAGCAUCUACUGAAUGUUUAUUAUCUAAA